AUGGCUGAGGCGUUGUGCAAGAGCGUCGUGGCGUCGCCGUGCGCCGGGGAUGUGGGCGUGGCCGGCCGGGCCAGGGGCGCCGCCAAGGCCGCGCUCGCGGAGUCCCUGCCGGUCGGCGGGUACGCCACCAAGAGCUCCUUCUCCGCCGGGAGGAUGUCGGUGUCGGAUAGGAAGCCGAGGCCCCUGUCUCGGAGCCUCGAGGCCGCCGCGGCGCCUGGACAGAUGAACCUGUCGUUUCCCAAGGCCAUGCGGUGGUGGGAGAAGGGUGUGCACCCCAACAUGCGGGAGAUUGAGUCCGCGCAGGACCUCGCAGACUCCCUCCUCAACGCCGGCGACAAGCUCGUCGUCGUCGACUUCUUCUCCCCAGGCUGUGGCGGCUGCCGCGCCCUCCACCCCAAGAUUGUCCAGUUCGCCGAGAAGAACCCGGACGUCCUGUUCCUGCAGGUGAACUACGAGACGCACAAGUCCAUGUGCUACAGCCUCCAUGUCCAUGUCCUCCCGUUCUUCAGGUUCUACAGGGGAGCCGAGGGACGGGUCAGCAGCUUCAGCUGCACCAAUGCAACGAUCAAGAAGUUCAAGGACGCGCUCGCCAAGCACGGGGCUGACAGGUGCAGCCUCGGCCCUGCGCGGGGUCUGGACGAGUCCGAGCUCGUGGCCUUGGCUGCCAACAGGGACCUGCAGUUCACCUACGAGAAGCCGGUCCUCGUCCCGCUCGCGGAAGCUAUUGCCAAGGAGGCUGCUGCACCGGGAGCGGGAGGCCCAUGGCUUCCUCUGCCUGCGUCCGCGACUCAGCAGCUGCUCAGCCAGGGAUCGGAUAAUUCAUUGUUGUCAUCUGGAAGAUAG